GUGUUUCAAACGUGAGAGAACCGUGCUCUCACGUUUCAUGUUCAGUGUGUUGCAAAGCAAUUGGCAACAAUUGUGCUUUAAUUAUUAAGAAUUUCAAUAAAUUAAACGGAACAAAUGCUGCGCAAAGUGCCUCUUAUAGUCAUACUCGGGUCUACGGGCACUGGCAAGACGAAACUCUCGCUGGAACUUGCCGAACGCUUUGGUGGCGAAAUAAUUAGCGCUGAUUCCAUGCAGGUGUACACCAACUUGGACAUAGUCACUGCCAAGGCCACUAAAGAGGAGCAAGGACGUGCGCCGCAUCAUUUGCUAGACGUUGCCACACCCGCUGCGCCCUACACAGUCACCCACUUUCGCAAUGCGGCGCUGCCUAUCAUCGAGCAACUGCUGGCGAAAUCAAAUCCGCCGAUUAUAGUGGGAGGCACUAACUACUACAUUGAGUCCUUGCUCUGGGACAUAUUAGUAAAAACUGAUGAGCCUGCGGCGACACCUAGAAAGUUACAGCCAGCAAUGUUGCUGGCGGACUCUGUGAUGGCCACCAUGACCUCGGAGGAGCUGCACAAUCAUUUGGCUGAAAUAGACGCGGGCAGCGCGAUGCGCAUACAUCCGAAUAACAGACGCAAGAUCCUACGCGCUAUUGAAGUGUACCAAAACAGCGGUCAGACAUUAAGCACCCAUCUUACCGAGCAGCGCUGCCAGCCAGGUGGAAAUCGCUUGGGCGGUCCAUUGCGUUACCCACACACCAUAUUGCUGUGGCUGCGUUGUCGACAGGAGGUGCUCAACACGCGGCUGGAAAAGCGUGUAGAUGGCAUGCUAGAGCAGGGUCUGUUGGGUGAGCUGCGAGAGUUCCACAACAAAUAUGCGAACGUCACAGGCGAAGGUUACACCAAGGGAGUUCUACAGACUAUUGGCUACAAAGAGUUUGUGCCUUAUCUAUCAAAAUAUAAUGCCGAGCAUGAUGUCCAAUUGGAGGCCUACUUACGCGCCCAUAACUUUGUACUGCCUACGGUUGACGAACUGAAAGGCAAGAGCGCGGAUGACGUUAUACCUGUCGGCCUAGAUUUGCUUCACAGUUGCUGUGAACAGCUUAAGCUGGUGACCCGUCGCUACUCAAAAAACCAGCUGAAAUGGAUCAACAAUCGUUUUUUGGCCAGCAAAGAUCGCCAAGUACCUGAUCUGUAUGAGCUGGACACGAGCGAUGUCAAUGCCUGGACACAGAUGGUUUAUAAACGCGCCGAGUCUAUAAUCGUUAGCUACAUGGAUGAUGCGGUGUGUGAAAUCGAGCCCCUGCCAAAGCGUACACAUCCGGGUGCAGACUUGGAUGAAGAGACGAGCAACUUCUGUGCGAUAUGCAAGCGCCACUUCAUUGGCGAGUACCAGUGGAAGAUUCAUUUGAAGUCUAACAAACAUAAACGGUGCAGGGAAGCGCUGCGUCGCAAACAGAAAUCCGAGAAGGCGACAAUCCAUGACGACUCACAGACAGCCAGCUAGGCAGCUGGAUUACAGAUUUUAUAUACAUACAUACAUGUGUAUAAAUAGACCAAAGUGGAAAAUAAAUGCAACUACGUAAAUUUGAGUAGCUUG